AUGAGUGCGCAAAACGACCUUGCCGCAUUGAACGCCAAACUCGAGUCCCUGAUUGAACUCGUCAGCCGCGCCGUACCGGCCAGUGCGAAGGAGCCUGACUGGUCUGCCGCCGAGGCCUUUGUCUGGAUUCCCGAGCCGGGCGACCUGCACGCGGUGGAGAAAGUAAACCGUGUCGAUAUUGCACUGCUGUGUGCCGUUUCCCAUGUUCGGGACCUGUUGCUCGACAACACCAGACGUUUCGCGGACGGGCUCCCGGCCAACAAUGCCCUUUUGUGGGGCGCGCGCGGCAUGGGUAAAUCGUCAUUGGUGAAGGCUGCGCAUGCGGCGAUCAACCGGGAAGACGAUUCGAGCAGUCUGAAACUUAUUGAAAUACACCGGGAAGACAUCGAAUCGUUGCCGAAGCUCAUGGCCCUGAUCCGCUCCGCACCUUUCCGGUUCAUCAUCUUUUGCGACGAUCUCAGUUUUGACAAUGAUGAUACAUCCUACAAGUCGCUCAAGGCUGUUCUGGAAGGCGGCAUCGAAGGACGUCCGGAAAACGUCAUUUUCUAUGCAACAUCAAACCGUCGACAUUUGUUGCCCCGCGACAUGAUCGAGAACGAACGCUCGACCGCGAUCAAUCCGGCAGAAGCGGUUGAGGAAAAAGUCUCCCUGUCCGACCGUUUCGGUCUCUGGCUCGGCUUUCACAAAUGCAGCCAGGAUGACUAUCUCGACAUGGUGCGCGGGUAUGCCGCUCACUACGGACUGGAAAUUCCCGAAGAUGACAUGCGCUCGCAGGCGCUGGAAUGGUCCACGACCCGCGGCAGCCGCUCAGGACGGGUCGCCUAUCAGUACAUACAGGAUCUUGCCGGCCGUCUCGGCAAGGCUCUGACAUGA